CAUUGAAAAUAACGCCUUGUGGGCGGACCAGUUGUGAAUCUAAAUAUAAACCUUGGCUACCCGCACUACUUUAAGUCAAAUUAUAUAGGAUUUGCAAGAGGAACGUGCAAGACAAAAAUGGCUUUAGUUCAUAUUCCGUAUCCGGGCGAAAGCAAGUGUCAAGGGUUAUGUGGACAGAAGAUAUACAAUCCUAGUGUUCCUGUCAGACAUGGGCUUGGGUGUAUUUAUCCGGGCAAGAUGAUUUUCAUCAGCGGAAUACCAGAUAAGGACUCGCCGAGGUUCUCUGUCAACUUCAAGAGUCAUAAGGGUGAAGUAAGGGGAAACGCUUUCCACUUUGACGUCCGCUUUGAUUACGGUGGGAGCAACGAUACAAUUGUGAGGAAUGCCCGGAAGAAAGGCCAGUGGGGUAGCGAAGAACGUUCUCUGAGUAAACCCUUCCCUUUCAAACGUAAUGAGUUCUUCGAAAUGGUCGUUCUUAUCGAGGAGUCAUGUUAUAAGGUAGCAGUAAACGACCAGCAUUUGUUGGAGUUCAACCAUCGGUUAUCUCUGGACGAAGUCGACACGCUUGUUAUCAGAGGCGAUGUCCGGAUUUGUAUGGUUAGAAUUCAAGGAUAAAAGAAUCUCAAGAUUUUACUGUACAAAGAAGUUUCUCUGACAUUAUCGUUUUCCACUGUUUUAUAUUAAAGUGAUAAUUUAAACUGCAGAGAGUAUUUGAUUUGUUUCGUAUUAUUUCAAUUCUUUGAAUUAGUGAUUGUAGCGAAUUUCUUCCAACUUAUUCUUAUAAUAUGUGAGAAUAAUUCCAGUUCAGUGGGAUGCAUCUAAACUACACAAUGAUUGUCAGUUGAAGAUUUUUUAUCUUUGUCACUGUUUAAGACAAACUUGUAUUUUUAAAACUUAUGAAAGUGUUUUCAGUAGCACCUUAUGAAAAAGCAUUAUCCUUUUAUUCAUUAUUCAAUUAAAUAUUAUCAAUA